AUGUCGACACUAUCAUCAUGCCCUUUCUGUAACAUCGCCAGCACAUAUCCGCCCAUCCCUCCAACAGCUUUCACUCCAGAGAAUACUCGUCCCAAUUUGCAAGAUACAAACAAGUCAUAUACCUCACCAGUCCCACUGCCAGAUUCGUCCGAUCCCGCCCAGCCCACUGCACAUCUGAUUCUGUCCACCAAGCACGUACUGGCAUUCUUGGACAUCAUGCCUUUAACCCGGGGCCAUGUCUUAGUGAUCCCGAGGACGCAUUAUGAGAAAAUUGGCGACGUAGAUGUUCAAGUCAGUCGUGAGCUCGGCCAAUGGCUCCCCAUCCUCUCGCGCGUCGUCAUGCGAACAAUCUCCGGUGAAGAUGACCGCUCCGAUUGGAAUUGGAAUGUGGUACAGAAUAACGGAAUCAGGGCCGCGCAACAGGUCCCUCAUGCCCAUUUUCAUAUCAUUCCUAGGCCGUCCUCUAAUCCGGCGUCUAAUGCUGCCAGGGCAAGCUUUGUGAUGUUUGGACGUGGGCAACGAGAGGAAUUGGAUGAUGACGAGGGGGAGGAGUUGGCGGGUUUGUUACGGGGAGAGUUGGCGAGGGAGGUUCGAAGGAUUAGGGAGGAGGGUGUAGAUUUGGAGUGUGAGGUACCUUCUGAUGAUGAUGAUAGGAGCGUGAAGGGGAAGCUUUAA